GUUAUUCAAGAUGGCGCCCAUCGGCGAAAAAUCAGCCGUGGACAGUGUAUCGGGUGAAAAAACCGACGAAGAAGAGGGUCAAAAUUUAUGGGCUGUCAUCCUGAGUGAAGUUCAGUCAAGUUCUACAAGUAAACUUCCAGCUUGCAAAUCAGUUUUAGUUCUAGGUGAUGGUGAGAGUGGUAAGACCACAUUAGUUGCCAAGUUACAAGGCAAUGAAGAUCCAAAAAAGGGCUCAGGUUUAGAAUAUCACUACAUAGAAGUAAAAGAUGAUUACAGAGACGACCAAGCCAGGCUUGGUGUAUGGACACUGGACGGGGAUCCCCACCACACAGGCUUGCUUAGGUUUGCACUAAAUGAAGAGAAUUUUGAACACACCAUGGUCAUCAUUUCUGUGUCCAUGACACAGCCCUGGUUGAUGAUGGAAUCACUACAGAAGUGGACCACACUGCUUAGAGAUCACAUAGAUAGACUUAAAAUACCCAGAGAUAAAAUGAGGGAAUUUGAAGAAAGUUUGGUGCGUCACUUCCAAGAGUACGUAGAGCCGGAGGAAGGACAGGAAAUCAAAUCUCCACCAAGAAGGGAUUUCAACCCUCUUCACCCAUCAGCAUCAUCAACAGACGAGGAGAGAGUCCUCUUACCACUAGGAGAAAGUACACUCACAAAUAACUUAGGAAUACCAAUAGUUGUAGUUGUUACAAAGAGUGAUGCAAUCUCAACGUUAGAGAAGGAGAAUGACUAUAGGGAGGAGCAUUUUGAUUUCAUACAGCAACAUAUUAGAAAAUUUUGUUUAAAUUAUGGUGCUGCUUUAGCUUAUGUCUCAGUGAAAGAAGACAAAAAUUGUGAAUUACUGUAUAAAUAUUUAGUUCAUAGGAUAUAUGGGUUUCCAUUCUCUGUGCCUGGAUAUGUGGUGGAGAGGGAUUCAGUUUUUGUCCCAGCUGGUUGGGACAAUGAGAAAAAAAUUAGUAUUUUAUAUGAGAAUAUGCGCAGUAUGAAACCAGAGGACUCCUUCGAGGAUGUCAUUGCAAAACCAGUUACAAGAAAACCCAUAAUGAGAGAUGCAGACAUCGUAGCAGAAGAUGAACAGUUAUUCCUCAUGAAACAGCAGACGCAAUUAGACAAAGCGCCACCUGCUGGAGGGGAGUCGCCGGCAAGACCUGCCUCUCGUCAGCCAGCAUCACCACGGCCUGCGGGAGGAUCGCCCAACACCACAGGCUCACCUAAAAAGAUUGAUGGUCCCAAGGCUAAUGCGGCCUCAGAGGGUGUGCUUGCCAACUUCUUCAACAGUUUACUCAAUAAGAAAACCGGUGCUGCCUCUCCUAAAGCAGAAAAGUCCUCCGUUUCAAGAGACGCGGCUGCAGAACUUGACCGCAUGACACGUGCAAAGAAGCCAUCAACGGGCUCCCCAGCAAGCAGCGGAGGCUCAUGAGACGCACUACUUCCUGGCUGUUCUAUGGAUCUUCCAGCCCCCCCCCCUUUCUCCUCCGCUGUGCCCUCACCAAGACUAGAAAGCGUGGUCCAGUAGUUAUCGUAGACUGAAGAUGCAUAGUGUCACAUCUUUUUAUAACAAGCCCGGGAAAUGUCUAUUACAGUCAAAUUUGGUAUUUACAACUACUGUGCCACCAUGAUAUAAAAACUGUUAAUAAAUUAGGAGGUGACAUAGGUAGAACCAUAACCAACAGAUUAAGACAUUUACUUUAGGUAAACAACUGCUGCAAUACAGAAAGUUACUGUUAUACAUUACAAAUUGUCACGCUGCUUGGUAGCACAUUUGUCACACUCACCACAGUGUCGCACCUGCCACAAUUAACAUGCUGUUAUAACUACCGCAGCAUUCUCAUAACCACCUUGCUUCAUGUAAACACUAUUGCAAUGUGAACUGUAAUGAACAUCCUCUCCCAUUUCUCCCCUCAGCCAUGUUUAUGCAUUUGUGUGCCAAAAAAAUAAAACAGGUGGUUUGAGGCAUUGUUAUCUGUAGAAUAACAAUUGAUAUUAGUGGCACCCUUGAUGUACGUUGCUAUUGCAUCAUAAAUACUUAAUCACUUUAUAUGUCAAACUGCUAUGAAAAUGAAGAUCAUUCAGUUAGUUAGGGAUUUUGAUUGUGUAAGAUAACUUUAUAAGAGGUUCUCUUUCAGAGUGUCAUUGGUUGGAAUAAUAACAAAUCAAACGUGACUAUGGUUUUCUCUCCUAUAGUUUUACGCACCUAAUAUGUGGUUUCAAAAGCCUUGCACAAGUAAGAACUGCCAUUCUUUAUGUGAAAUGGUUUUACGCUUUGGAAUAUUUACUGACAGUUCCCGGGCUUGGGUCAGAGCAACAGUGAGACCGAAAUUAUUUAAUUUAUCGGCUGUAUAGAAAAGUGAUAGAUUGUGUCAUUGUCUGCCUGUUUAUGAUGUCAUUCUAUAUUAUUAUCAAUGAUGAAUAUAUAAUUAAGCUUAUUAUUAUUAUAGUGAAACUUCUUUGCAGAGGAGAUUGUAAGAUAGCAGCUUUCACAUUUGCUCCUUAAGUUUGAAAUGAGAUACACUGCAGAUAUGAACUUCAGUGUUUUCUCAGUUAAUGCACAAGUGAAUUAAGAAUUACAUCACAGUUUUCCCCCCAAUUUCCAAAGAAAAAUUUAUUCCAUGAACUUUUUCACAAAAUACAUGCUUUUGAAUGAAAGCAGAACUAAAAAAUGUCAGUUUGAUUUUGGGGUUAUUCCCAAAGGUCAAAGUUGCUGUGUCACAUGGACAGAAAAAGUUUAUUGAUAGAAAACUAUGAUAUUUCUACCAUAGAUUCUCCAUAUAUUUAUGCUUAAGGUUUUUUUCAGUAAAUUUCUGUAAAGUUGAAAUAUUCUUAUGCUGUAAAUAUUGAAAUACAUUUUUGUUAAAAAUUGUAUUAUUAUCAUUAUUAUAUUAAUAUUAUGCUAAGUACAGCCAUGUCAUGUCCGUAAUGUGUUCAGCUUCAACCAAGCCAGUAGAAUAGAUGAGAACCAAAGUCUUGUUUGUAGUGAACAUGUGGAAGAAUACCCCAACAGAUAUCUAUAAAUAUCUGUAUUGGAUAUUCCUAGUCACACCAAUUGAUUAAGUUGGUAGCUGUACAGUCGGUGUACUAGCUAUAGGGAAUUACUUUUGGCAUGCAUAUUUCAUACUCUAAAUCUUAACUUUUUUUGUUAUCAAUUACGUCACUGUUUCUACAUGUUAUUACAAAGCUACUUGUAUAGUGACAUUUUUGAAAAUUUGUCUAAAUUUUUUUCCUCAUUGGAAAAAUAUGAUUUUGGUUGUUCAAAUUCCUAAAAUUGAGAAUGCCUUUUGUCAGAGAAAUGUGAUCCUAUGUUAUCUGAUAGAUAAAUCAUAUUUCCAAUGCUGAUUGUAAUCAAGUUGGUGGAUGCACAGCGUUUCUUAAAGGAAAUAUCAUAGGGCACGGAAAAUGUUGCAGAAAUGCAAGUGGAUUUGAAUGAAUAAUGGUUCUUAGUGAUAGCCAAAACUAAAUUACUCGUUGUAAUACCAAGCAUCUGCCAAAUUGAGUACAGUUACCAUUGAAUUAGGUAAAUGGUUCUGUAAUGGUCGAUUUAAAUGCACCUACAUCAAUGUUCUCCAUGCCUGAUGCUGCUUAAGUGGCCAACAAUUAAGUUAUGUCUGUUGUUUUGUAUGCUGCAGUGAUAUAUUUGAUUACUGACUGAAAUUUGUACUAGUUGUUUGUUAUACUAACACUGUAGAAAUAAAAAAGAAAUGGGUCCAUGCACGAAAAAUAGGAAAAGGUAAGAAAGCUGAAUAGGGGCUUGACCCUUGUGCUUAGGCACUCAAAAUGAAUAGAUAUAUUCUUUUAUCUAUUGUGUCACAAAAGAAUAACACCUGAUGCCAAAUUAUAUCAGAUCUGUAUUUGUAGUGAUUAGAAAAGUACAUGGACACUGAAGUUUACCUUUUUAAUUCACUUCAAUAUUGACUGUGUGUUAGAGUUAAAAAUUUCACGUCCAAUGCUAGUGAAUAAUUAUAUGUCUUGAGUAAGAGAAAAUUUUGAAAAAUUCCAUUUACAUUGCCUCUGGUAUAAGGUGAAGCAGAUAUACCCCCCUUGAUAAUAGAUGUAACCUGUAUUUAAAAAAUAAUUCAGCGCAAGAUGUGUCACAUAGUAUUGAAUCAUUUUGAUUAGAAAUGGUUGUUAUUUCAACAAAAGGGCUGUACAUCUGUUUAGAGAUUAAUUGUGUCAUUCAAAAGAUGUGUCAAGGUUAUUUAACUGUGUGAUGUACGUCUGUGUUAAUUGUGACAGGACAGGAGGGUAAAUAUUUUCUGAGGUCCACAGCAGCAUAUUUUUCACCUCAUCUCAGUGAUAUGGCAAAACACUACUGGAGUAUUUUUUCAUUUUUUUAGCAAACUUGAAAUGCAUUGACUUUUUGGUGAAGAGCGUUUAUGAUAGCCUUAGUCUUGCUUGUAGCUCUGCAUGGCAAUAUUUUGGGUACUAGAAUUAAUUGCUCAAAUGAUACACAAAUUUGAUCUUCUUGCAAAACUGGCAUUUAUUCCAAAGAUAAUGGCUAAUUUUCACAAAUAUCACCACUAAGAUGAUUUUAAGCCCAAUCAUUUCUACGAUAUAUCUUGAAAGGUUUUUCAGAUUUUACAAGAGAGAUCAAUUUUGGUCACAAGUGCCUCAGUAUCUUUUCUUUCUUGUUAUGUGGAAAAAGCAGUUAAAUCUAAAAUUUCAUUAGAUUUAACAAGCACCUAAAAUGUAAGAGCCCAUAAAUCUAUUUCUAGGGGGUCUUUUGUAUAUUUUCCCCUGUGCUUUAGUGUAUCACCAUUGGACUUGUAGCCAACAAUUUCAUAGAGUUGGGGGAGGGGGGGUCUGUUUCUAAAAAAAGGGGAGUCCAACUUUUUACCAUGCGACCUUUAUCAUGUACCUGGAACAAAAAUUAAAAAAUUUACCCAGAUCAGACCUUUUUCUUUUGACCCCCCCC